AUGGCAACCUCUCAGCCCCCUCUUCGGUUCACAACCCAUCACAAUUUGGUAUAUCGUUUGGUCUUGUCCACCCUCACCGGCCGCACAGUUCACAUCUCGCAAAUUCGUUCGUCGUCACCCACGAAUCCCGGUCUCGCGCCUCAUGAAAUCUCUUUCCUCCGUCUCCUCGAUGCAGUCACCAAUGGCUCUCAGAUGGAGAUCUCAUACACUGGAACGGUCCUCGUAUACAAGCCCGGUUUGAUCACGGGCAGCACGACCGGCACUGGAGCCAGCGGCGGCAUGAUCACAUAUGAAAUUCCUUCAAACUGUAGCCGCGGCCUCAGUUACUUCCUGAUUCCACUCUGCCUGCUGGCCCCCUUCUCUAAAGCCCCAAUGAAAGUUCUCUUCACCGGUCCCGGUGUGAUUACCUCGUCUACGCCGACUGGAGAUAUGUCUGUCGACAGCGUUCGCACCGCGAUUCUCCCUCUGUACAACCAAUUCGGUAUCUUCAACAACAUCGAACUUCGUAUCUUACGGCGAUCAAACACCGGUCCCAAUGGCAGGGGAGGUGGUGGUGAGGUGCAGCUCGUUUUUGGCCACCAGGUCCGUCUGCCGAAGACUCUGCAUCUUAUGAAUGCCGGCCGCAUCAAGCGCAUCCGCGGUGUUGUAUACUCUGUUGGUGUGUCUGGCUCCAACAACGCUCGCAUGAUUGAGACCGCCCGUGGUAUCCUGAACCCACUCAGCCCCGACACUUAUAUCUUCUCCGACGUCGCGCCUGCGCCUUUGGUGCCAGCUCCGGAUAAGACAAACCCUCAGGCGAAAAAGAAGAUUGGCCUUGGAUUUGGCCUGUCUUUGGUUGCGGAGUCUUCCACGGGCUGCCUAUUCUCAGCCGAUGUCGCUUCUCCGCCGUCCGGUGGAACGGCCCCCGAGGAUAUUGGCCGGCAGUGUGCAUUCCAGCUUUUGGAGGCGGUUUCUAAGGGUGGUUGUGUCGCUCCUGCGGCUGCCACUACCAUGUUCACUCUCAUGACCAUGGGCUCCGAGGAUGUUGGUCGGCUGCAGGUUGGCCGAGAGGUGAUCGCCGAUCCUAGUGUGAUCCAACUCGCUCGCGACAUGUCCAAGUUUGGCGUUCCCGGCUGGGGAAUUAGAGACGCGCCUGGUGAUAAUACCGACGGUGAUGUGAUUGUCAGUAUCGUCGGCCGUGGAAUCGGUAACGUCGGCAGAAAGGUUGCUUAA